AUUACUUGAAAUUGAAUCAAAUUUAGAGGUUGGAUUCCGAUCCCUUUGUGGCUGUGCCCGAUUCCUUCUGCAACGAAUUUGAAAUUCAGAAAUCUUAUUUUGAAUUAUUGUUUGAAAGGAUUUUCAUCGAUCAAAUUAAAACUGCACCAUAUAUAGAUUGCUUUGCUUUCGUGCUUCGAGGAAUCUUCAUGAAACUGUAUCUCAACCAGUGUUGGAAAGUAGCUUCACAGAAUCUCCCUAAUGUUUCAAAGGUUGGAGAAGGACCGUGUGGUUUUAGACGAAGCCUCAUUAUUAAGUAAGCUGUGGUUUUCUUGGAUAGAUCCAUUGCUUUGCUUAGGUAGCUCGAAGCCUCUAAAUAUUGACGACAUCCCUCAUCUUGGAUCCGAAGAUGAAGCCCUUUUGGCCUACAAGAAUUUUAAUGAAGCAUGGAGUAUAAUCAAGGAAGAAAAUGCCACAAAAAACACCAAAUAUUUCGCCUUGCGUGCUAUCACAAGAGUUUAUUGGAAAAGCAUGGUGGUGGCUGGGAUUUGUGCAUUGCUUAGAACAGUUUCUGUCGUGGCUACUCCGUUACUGCUCUAUGCUUUUGUCAGCUAUUCAAAUCUUGAGAGGAAGAAUCUGAAGGAGGGUGUUUUCUUGGUGGGAUUACUGAUUGUUUUGAAGGUUGUCGAAUCUCUUUCAUACCGGCAGUUCUACUUCUACUCCAAGAGGAUUGGGAUGAGAAUGAGGUCUGCUUUGAUGGUGGCAGUCUACCAUAAACAGCUCAAGCUCUCUAAUCUAGGGAGGCGGAGGCACUCGACUGGGGAGAUAGUUAACUACAUCGGUGUUGAUGCUUAUCGUCUGGGAGAGUUCGUGGUGUGGCUACACGUUGGCUGGACUUCAGUAGUUCAGCUUUUGUUAGCCAUUGCUGUGAUAUCCUCUGUUGUAGGCCUCGGUGUGCUUCCUGGUCUAGUACCCUUCGCCGUGUGUGGCCUUCUUAACAUCCCUUUUGCAAAGAUGUUGCAGAAGUUUCAGACUGAGUUCAUGGCUGCUCAAGACAAGAGGCUGAGAUCAUUCUCUGAGAUCCUCAACAACAUGAAGAUCAUCAAGCUGCAGUCAUGGGAGGAGAAUUUCAAGAACUUGGUUCAAUCUUUUAGGCAGAGUGAGUUCAGAUGGUUGUCUGAGUAUCACUACAAGAAGACUUAUAGCACAGUCUUGUAUUGGAUGUCUCCCACAAUUGUGUCGUCUGUGAUAUUCUUUGGGUGUGUGGUGUUCAAGAGCGCACCACUGGAUGCUGGCACGGCCUUCACGGUCAUGGCUGCACUCAGGACCAUGUCUGAGCCCGUGAGGUUGAUACCGGACACCCUCUCCUCUUUGAUCCAAGUUAAGGUCUCGUUCAAGAGGAUUGACGCGUUCAUGCUUGAGGACGAGCUUAAACAAGACGACGUGCAGAGGUCUAGGAAGGGAGAUUUAGGCCUAGUUUCUAUACAAGGUGGUAGUUUUAGUUGGGAUGGUGAAUCGACAUCUUUGGCCCUGUGUGAUAUCACGCUUGAAGCAAGGCCGGGGAAGAAGAUCGCAGUCUGUGGGCGCCUUGGAGCUGGGAAAUCGUCACUUUUGCAUGCAGUUCUAGGCGAAAUACCAAGAAUAUGUGGAAGUGUGAGUGUUGUUGGAUCAGUGGCUUAUGUAUCUCAGGUUUGUUGGAUCCAGAGUGGGACUAUUCGCGAAAACAUACUGUUUGGGAAGGCGAUGGAUAAGGCCAAAUACGAAAAGGCCGUUAGAGUGUGUGCUCUAGACAAAGAUAUUGAGAGUUUUGACUAUGGAGAUCUCACUGAGAUAGGCCAAAGAGGGCUGAAUCUGAGUGGGGGGCAGAAGCAGAGGGUUCAGCUUGCUCGAGCUGUGUACAACAACGCUGAUAUUUAUCUUCUCGACGACCCUUUUAGUGCAGUAGAUGCACAUACAGCUGCAACCCUCUUCAAAGACUGUGUGAUGACUGCACUAGCAAAGAAGACUGUGAUUCUUGUGACUCAUCAAGUGGAGUUUCUCACUAAUGUUGAUAACAUUCUGGUUGUGGAAGGAGGGCAAGUCACUCAAUCAGGAAGCUACGAGGCGCUUCUGAUUGGAGGGACGACCUUUGAGCAGCUCGUGUGUGCUAAUAGAAGUAGCAUCGGAUUAUUUGAUGACACGUCCGGUUCAAACCAACACGAUGUGGAAUGUAUGAAUCAAAUGAAGGGCGAUAAGCUUUGCAGCAACAAAGAAAGUGAAGUGGAGAUUGUGAUACAACCAAAAUUCCAGCUGACUGAGGAGGAGGAGAAGGAAGCUGGAGUCAUAGGGUGGAAAUCCAUCUCAGAUUACAUCUUCGCCUCAAACGGAUCAAUCUACGCUUUUUGUGCUGCGACAGCUCAGUUUGGCUUCGUGGCAACACAAGCUGCUGCAAGCUUUUGGCUAGCAUUCUCAGUUCAAAAUCUUCAGAAAAGCAGCCUCUUUGUUGUCAAAAUUUACACUCUGAUAUCAUCACUCAGUGUUGUGUUUGUAUAUUUUAGGUCACUGUUUACAGUCUGCUUAGGCCUCAAAGCCUCCGAAUCGUUCUUCUCCGGUUUCAUCAACUCCGUCUUCAACGCUCCCAUGCUCUUCUUCGACUCCACCCCAGUUGGGAGGAUACUAACGCGUGCCUCAUCAGAUUUAAGUGUACUAGAUUUUGAUAUUCCAUUAGCAUUCCAAUUAGUUAUGGCUGGAACAGCUGAGAUCAUAGCAACAAUAGUGAUUAUGGCCUCUGUCACAUGGCAAGUUCUAUUUGUGGGCAUUUGUGCUAUUGCAUCCUCAAAAUAUGUCCAAGGAUACUAUCAAAGAUCUGCAGGCGAGCUGAUGAGGAUAAACGGAACAACAAAAUCCCCCGUCAUGAACUAUGCAUCUGAGACAGCACAUGGAGUUGCAACCAUAAGAGCUUUCGCGGUUGCUGACGUCUUCUUCUCGAACUACCUCAAACUUGUCGACACAAAUGCAAAGGUCUUUCUUUCCUCAAGCGCAGCCUUGGAAUGGCUCGUGUUGAGGACUGAGGCGCUUCAAAAUCUUACCUUAUUCACUUGUGCUGUUUUCUUAUUAUUGAUCCCAAACAGCUACAUUGCUCCAGGUCGUGUAGGACUAUGUCUUUCCUAUGCAUUCGCGCUGACCAGCACGCAGGUGUUUCUCUCGAGAUGGUACAGUAGCUUUGCUAACUACAUCGUCUCCGUUGAAAGGAUAAAACAGUACAUGAACAUACCUCCUCAGCCACCAGCUGUGAUAGCGGAUAAGAGGCCUCCUUCUAUGUGGCCUCCAAAGGGUAGAAUCGAUUUGCUGGACUUAAAGAUACGCUAUCGCCCUAAUGCUCCCAUAGUCCUCAAGGGGAUCACCUGCACAUUCAAAGAAGGGAAGAGAGUGGGGGUGGUGGGCAGGACUGGGAGUGGGAAAACAACGUUGAUUAGUGCUUUGUUUCGUCUGGUUGAGCCUCACAGCGGGAGGAUCCUCAUAGACGGGGUUGACAUCUGCUCGAUAGGGUUAAGGGAUCUGAGGCUAAAACUCAGCAUUAUACCUCAAGAGCCAACUCUAUUUAGGGGAAGUGUUAGAACAAAUCUUGAUCCAUUAGGCCUUCACUCUGAUGAUGAGAUAUGGAAGGCCCUUGAGAAAUGCCAACUUAAGUCCACAGUCAGUAAACUGUCAAACUUGCUAGACUCUUCUGUGAGUGAUGAAGGGGAGAACUGGAGCAUGGGGCAAAGGCAGCUCUUUUGCCUCGGAAGAGUGCUUCUUAGAUGGAACAAAAUCUUGGUUCUUGACGAGGCGACUGCCUCAAUUGACUCUGCCACAGAUGCCAUUUUGCAGAAGAUAAUCAGAGAGGAGUUUGCUAACUGCACUGUGAUAACUGUGGCACACAGGGUUCCGACUAUCGUAGAUAGCGAUAUGGUGCUCGUCUUGUCGUAUGGGAAGUUGGUGGAGUAUGAUGAGCCCUCAAAGCUUAUGGAGAUUAAUUCUGCAUUUUCAAACCUUGUUGCUGAAUAUUGGUCGAGUUGCAAACAAGAAUAACUAGUGCAUCUCAAAAGGAAGCUGCAAUUGUUAUUUUUCCUGAGUCAAAUACCAUCAAUUGUAUUUUAGUGACAUGUGUAAUUUGUGUUGUGUUGAUUCAAUAAAAUAAGAUAUGUAUAAUGUACAUAGUUGGGAGAUCAUAUAUUGAUAAGUGUUGAUAAGCUAUGGAAUUUGUAAGAAUUUCCAUGCCUUAACUUUUAUGUUUCUGCCAUUAAUCUUUAAUUGAUUUAUGCUAUACUUAAUUAAUUUAUUGGAAGAUCUUUUCAACAAAUAAAAGAAGAUCUUUUGUUAUUAAUAAAUUACUUCUCUUUUUAUGAUAUAUUAGUGUUCUAUGUAAUGUACGCCAAG